ACCGGAUAGGGCGGUGUCUGGGUCGAGAGCACUGCAUGGCGUGUUCCGCUUCCUGUGUUGGACAACCGGAUGGGGAAAUACCGUAUCCCGGCAUCCCCCGCACGCGCUACCAUCUGUUCUGUAGAGGGGAGAGGACGGUGGAGAUUCAAGAAUGUCCCAAGGGAUAUAUAUUCCAUCCCGAAAUCAGAAACUGUGAGCUGGACGUUGAGGACACAACAACCACAGAGGCAACUACUACUAAGUCGACUACGCAGUCAACUACGACAACAACACCUACAACGACGACCACAACAACGACCACAGCAACGACCACAACGACAACUACAUCGAAAACUACAACACAACCUCCAACUACUACUACACCAACAACUACGACAACGCGAACGUCAACUACCACGGCGUUGUAUCCAACGCCACCUCCUGUGUGCUCCUGUCUUGACGAGAUAACGCCCUUGGUUCAGAGACUAAACAACCUCACGAUAAUCACACAAGCCUUUAUAAAACAGACAAAAACCACCGUUCGGAGUCCCUUUGACUGCGUGUCUCCCCCAAACCCCGAUGGAGCAGUGACCCGGCUCACGUAUGAAGGUCAGGAGGCCGUAGCAAGGUACACAUGCGUCAGUGACCAGUACGGCAUCUGUGACGGCAACGACGUGAGCAAAUGCAGGAACAACGACGUCUGGACAGCGCCCCCUGGGAGGUGUGGCCGUGUGAUUUUCAAGAGCGUAGACGUAAAUACCAUGAUCCUCGACUGUCCCUUCACAGACCACAACUCGAUAUACUUCGUGAUGACGUCGCAAGACGACUUCCGUGUGCGAUUAGAGGAGGAAGGGAGACAACUCUUCGAGUUUCUAGUCACUAUAUCAAAGGGACAAAUAGAGGCAAAUUCGAGAACAUUUCCUUUGGCCCCGACACCAUCCACGAGAUCCUGGAGGGUGUUACGUAAAGGAGGACGAUAUGAACUUUACAUGAACGGGGAGAAGACUGCUCAUUAUAACGGCCAAGCUGGCCAGGGCGCAGGAGUGCAGGAACUGGCCGUAAUUGGGCGUGGAGGUCUACAAGAAGUUCGGCUCUUAUCCCCGGGGGCCCCGGAACCCGUUAUCCCACCCAAGCCUGCUCCUGUUACAGCUGUUCCAACAUCGCCUGCAUUGACAACACCUGCAUCUACUACACCUACAUCGACUACGCCUGCAGCAACAACAGAGGGCAGCCCUGUAAUCGUUGAAACAGGUCGGAAUUUAGCUUUCAAGAAGCCCGUGUUGGCAAGUGCCGUGAUGUAUGAGCGUUACACAAUGGACACCGUCGUGGACGGCAAGACCCACAACAACGUCACCGCUAACCACUGCUUCGUGACAGUCGCCGUUGAGCCGUGGGUCAUGGUCGACCUGGUCUCUGUGUACCACGUCACUUCUGUUGCCUUGACAAGUGGAAAUACACACGAAAGUUUCAACAUUGCACUGAAAAAACAGACAUACGGCAACGCCAAUUUCGAUGCACAUUCAUCGUAUGACAACGCCGUCGACGGUAACCUGAACGCCGUCAGGACCCGCGGGAGCUGUUUCACCAGCGCUGGUAACACUGGGUGGUGGAUGGUGGACCUCGGCGACAACUACGACAUCGACAGCGUGGCUCUACAACCACGUUCUGAUGGCUAUCCUGACCAGUUGUCGGACAUGACUGUCCUGGUGUACCAUACCAACCCCGAGACUGACCCCUCGGCCACGCCCACUGUGUGUAGGGACAUCCCUGGCGUCAUCAUGACUUUUAACAAGAUACCGUGUGUGACGUCAGUGUCGGGCCGGUUUGUUCGCCUACAGCGGAUGAACGGGGUGCAAAAGGGCCACUUCACCGCCUGUGAAGUACAAGUGUAUGGACUCCUUCAGACACAACAUGGAGAAAUCGCGAUAAGGGUGUACAGUCAGAACCCGGAAGUCAACCCUAAAGCUGUUGGUUCACUGUGCGUGACGGCGACUGCACAAAAAGAUGGCGCUGGAAACAAACUGCAGUGUACCACUCCGGUCCUCGGGCGGUUUGUGAGGGUACAUUACGUGGCUGGUACUAGCGAUGUACUCACUAUUUGUGAACUGGAGGUGUUUGGGAGCAAAGUCACUGGGUGGAGCCCAUUCUCCUGUCCCAAUCCCCCCCUGCUGGACAAGGCCAUGGUGGAUGUCCACUACUCGCAGACCGCGGCUGUGGCCGUGUACUCCUGUGACGACGGCUACUCCGGCGGCUGUGACGACAACAACGUCCUCUACUGUACCAGUGACAAGGGCUGGGAGGGUCAGCCCAGGACCUGCAUUAGGGUGGACUCUGGAACGGAUGAGACGAUCGGGUCCGUGGAGCUACCGUGUCGGUUGAAGGUGGGCUUUGCACAUGAAGUGUGGGUCGAGCCCAGGCAGAGCGGGUCGUACAUCGCUUUCAAGGCCGGCAAUGACACAGCCAUUCAGAUGACCCUGGAGUGGCCGACCGAAGGGCCGUACAUCAGAUACUCCUAUGAAGUCGAUGGUGUAUCCACCACCAUCCCUGCUGACACGCCCAUGCCGUUCCAGGGUCGGAGGGUGACUCACGUGGCCCUCCUCUUCCUGACAGAACGCCUCCAGAUUCUAGUUGAAGGUGAGACCCUCCUGUCUGUCUCCCACCACGUACCAGCGCCACUAAUCGACAAAAUCGUUGUGGAGGACGAGAAACUGUCCAUCAAGAAAAUCAAACUCAAUCAAGACUGGACAAAGAUGACUCAAAAAGAGUCCAGUCGCAGCCUUUCGUUGAGGAAGCCGACUACAGCCUCUUCCAACGCGGAACGGUCAGGGCUCGUGGUGGACGGGUCAAAACAAUCACUGACCGCAAUAUCGGCGUCUUGUUGGCAGUCGGACGCCAAUGACUUGGCGCCCUAUUGGCAGGUGGACACGCAGAACUACUACAUCAUCACAGCUGUUGUCGUGACCAGCCGUAAUGGCGACAGGUGUCCGGCAGGAGGCUGCGGCGGUGGUCUCCAUGACUACGCACUGGACGUGUAUCUGACCAAUCCGGUCACAGAUCCCAAUGCCAAGGCCGGUCUAUGUCAGUUCGUCAACGGCGAACACGUAAUCUCCCGGUCCCAGUACAAGCCGUGCCGGGAGGAGCACCUGGGGAGAUACGUCAGACUCAGAGGCACCGUGAGGAACAGCAUCACUGAUGUACUCACAGUCUGUGAGGUCGAAGUGAUGGGCUACAAAUAUGUCUUAAAAUCUGAGAAAAGUACCUGGUCCCCUAAAGACUGCCCCUUCCCCCCUCUGCUGGAGAACAUGGCGGUUCAAAUAUCCCACACCCUGGAGGAGGCAGUGGCUACCUACGUCUGUGACGACGGCUACGCCAUGUGCAGUGACGACAACGUCGUACGUUGUAACAGCAGUUCCGGAUGGCGGGGACAACCACAGCCGUGUGAACCCAUGGUGUUUGGAUCGAUGAACAGAUACGAGUUCAGCUGUCCUAUCAAACUCGGCACUAGUCUACACCUAUGGACUACCCCUGACGGCCUGAAAUCGAAGCCAGCGGUGUUCCUGCAGAUUAAACAAAUACCGACAGUGAUGAGCUUGAGUCUUGAUCUCAACAGCCCCGGGGUAUUUCAUAUAAAAGAUGACUUUAAGCCACAGCGGGCCUUUACCGUGAACUUCCCUUCAAUAAGAACCGAUGUGGAAUACCAUUUCGUAUACACAUUCCUCAGCGAUUAUCUCCAGGUGGAACUUGAUGAUGUAUUGAUUUUAAAGUACCCUCACUACCAGCCUUCGCAUAACCAAGGCCUCCUGACCACGUAUGGUUUCAAUAAUAGAAAGGUUCUUAUAGCAAAGAACGAAGCUGUCACGAAAGAACCAGUCGGCACAAACCUUGCUUUGAACAAACCCGCCACAUCCAGCUCGAACAAAGAUGGGUCCCAGCCUGGCUGGCUCGUGGACGGCAACUCCUCCCCCGUCUGGAGCGACAACACCUGCUGGUCCCACACCGCAGCAGACGUCAACGUGUACUGGGAGGUGGACUUACAGGGCUACUACUACGUCGACAGUGUCGUCAUCACAACCAUCAAAUGUACCGGUCCAUGUUCUUCUAGGUCACAUGACUUUGAGAUCACAGUGAGGUCAGACAGGGAAGAGAUCUGUCACAUGUACAAUGGCGCUAUGCCAGAUGGAGGUACCCAGAGACUAGCAUGUAACAAGGAGGUGUUGGGGAGAUACGUCAGAAUUACACCAAAGGCCAGAAAAGACGUCAACGAUCAACUGACGUUUUGUGAAGUGGAAGUUUACGGAAGCAGACUUUCCCUUAAACAGUGGUCGCCCUUUGACUGCGGUGCUCCGCCUGUACCUGAAAACAGCUUGAUGACCUUGACCUACACUGACACCGACGCCAUCGCUACAUUUACGUGCAACGCCAACUCCAUGCAGUGUGGUGACGUCAGCACCGGGGUCAUGAGUUGUUCCAGGGGUCAAGUCUGGACGGGUGCGACCAUCACGUGUUUCACAUCGCUGUACGAAUACGAGGAGAAAGAUGAUGCUCCAGGGUUCGUGUUCCGCUGCCCCAUGACCAUAUUUUCAUCCGUUGAGAUCUGGGCCACACCACAGUCUUCUGACGUGAAGAUGAUCCUCCUGACUGACAACAACACAGCGAUGGAGCUUGUCAUGGAUUCAAGCACUGGUACACAACCCUUGGCAUACAUUCGUCACCAGGGAGAGGAACAGCGUCUCCUGGCACUCCCCUUCAUCCCUCAUCAAGCAACACACAUCAUAUUGACAUUCCUUCCAGAAUACACCUUGAUUGAAAUUGACAAGAAGGAACCCAUAAAAAGUUGACUACUUGUUCGACGCUCUUAAGGUCGACCGUAUUCAAUUUGCCAACAUAUUACCUCUGAGGAAACUGAAACUGAACAGGGUAGAUUUCACUGGACUAAAGAAAGAACCAGUCAGCGGCAAUGUUGCACUUCUGAAGCCGGCCAAAGGGUUUUCAACACUUGGCAGCCCUGCUGGAAGACUGGUGGACGGCCACCCCUCAGCUACAUCCACCAGCACGACGUGUUGGCAGGUGUCCGCCCAGGACCCCAACCCAUGGUGGCAGGUGGACCUACAGGCCUACUACUACAUCGACAGGGUGGCCGUCACACACAAUAAGAGGUGUGCGG